UCGAGUGUGGUUCCGGUAGGGUCGAUCACCGGCGCGUAGUGGAUGCGUGCCUUUACGUUGUUACGGAGUUCAUUUGUGUGGAAGCGCGCGCAAAAGUUUCGUUCCUUUUUCAAAUUUUUAACACAGACUAUUAAAAAAGUUUUUACACUAUUCUUUUUUAAAUUGUAUUAAAACUAAAGAGGUUUUAUAUUGUAAUAUAUUUUUUUUAAAGUUCGGAUUUUUAUUGCGUGAAGUGCGUGAACUGAAAAAUAAUAAAGUGUGAACUGAGGAUGAUAAUGAAAGUGAAAUUAACGUUGGUACGCCAAUAUUUGGCUGUAAUUAAGUAAAACAGAGGUUCUUUUAAAAGUGAUUUUUGAAGUUUGUGUAGGAUAUUAAUUACUAUGAAAAUGAGGAACGUGAAUUAUUUUUGUUUUUGGAGAUUUUUAUUCCUGUUCGUGCCAACAGUUGAUGCCGUACAGCGUUUUGUGGAACUACCCACAUACACCGAGGUGAACCCAGGAGAGGACGCGUUGCUCAAAUGCCGGAUAUCUGACAAGAAAGGGGUUUGUUCGUGGCAGAAGGAUAAUAAGCCAGUUGGCAUCUACCGAGGCAAAUACGAGUGGGCAAAUGAAGACAGUCCCGUGGGUGGAGACUGCUCGCUAUGGGUGCGGGCGGCGACGCUGCAGCUUGACGAUGGACAGUGGCAGUGCCAGGUCACAGCCAGCAACUAUGAUGUUCAGGAUGCUCUGUCCAGCCCACCAGCCGCAUUAGCAGUUCGAGUGCCCCCGCAAACUCCUCGGAUCCUCUACAACGGGUCACACAUCAUGCCAGGCCAGAACAUCACCGUGCCAGCGGGAGGUCGAGCCACUGUGGUCUGCGAAGCUAGAUACGGCAACCCACCCGCUUAUAUUGAAUGGUAUUUAGAAAAGGAACGUCUAACAGCCUGGAGUCAGACCAAUUCAUCAGAGGUGGAACGACCAAGAGUGUGGGCAGCUCGAUCCGUGCUGGAACUGGGAGCGACCAGGUCCGCCCACGGAAGGCAGCUGUCCUGCAGAGCUCACCAUCCGUCUUACCCCUCCCCGUAUUACAGGGACUCUUAUACUAUGCUUGAUGUUACAUUUACUCCAGAAGUAUCCAUCAUCGGUGCUGACGCCAGUUCGCUGGCAAGCCUGGAAGAAGGUUCCAGCGCGCUGACCCUCGAAUGCAGAGCGGACGGCAACCCUAGCCCUUACGUCUGGUGGACCAAGGACGGCCUAGUCAUUGCCACUAAUGGUGCUAAACUUAUAAGGGCUCCUAUAUCGAGGAAUGACUCAGGGAUAUAUGGAUGCCAAGCAAGAAAUUCAUUAGGGACGUCGGAUUCAGUGAAAAUAGAAGUUGAUGUCAAAUACCCUCCAAGAGUCACAUGGGUAGGACCAGACACAGUGGUUGAAGCGAAUCUAUUUUCCGAAGUCACGUUGGAAUGCAAGGCUGAUGGAAACCCGUCUCCCUCUUACCAAUGGUACCACAAUCCCAACCUAUCAGCAUUGAGUGGGCACCUAGAAGACGGAUACCCCAUAUCAUCCACCCCUCAGUUGCUGUUGCACAACGUGUCAUACACCCAGCAUGGACGGUACACUUGUAUUGCGACCAAUCACAUUGGACUUGAGGAAAGGAGUCAUCAGUCAGAAGCAAUUACUCUCAACGUGCUAGGCCCACCAGUGGGAGAGCCCAUGACCACAGCCCACGCGUGGAGUGGCACGGAGGGCAGAGUACAGACCUCCGUCUGCGCUGAUCCUCCGCCGAGAAGAGCCGCUUGGCUGUGGGGCAGCCUGAGGCUCGACGUACCUUCGCAUAUUGGUCGAUACAAGACGUUGGAGCCUACGAACAUCAACGGGUGCUAUCGUUACAUACUGCUAAUCAGCAGUACGAGCUUGUCAGACGCGCGCGUAUACGUGCUGCAUGUUGAAAACGAGCGAGGCUUUUCGUCACACUCUGUGGCCCUUACUGUUCAUGAGAAUUUUUCGCUAACAGAGACAGCGCACGUUGCACCGCUCAUCGCUGCAGCGCUGCUCAUUGCGGCGCUGCUGGUCAUCGUGCUGUGCCUCAUCGUGCGCUGCAAGCGACGGAGAGAAACCGCCGAAUACAAGACUGAUGAUUUAGAUAGCGAGAAGACGGUGCUGCCAGCGGACGCGGUGUACUCGCCGCAGCAGCCGCGCGCGGGCGCGCGCGUGGGCGCGGUGGCGGAGCGCGCGGCGGCGGGCGCGCGCUACUCGCCCGGCGCGCUGCAGGUGCGGCGCGCGGCCGUCGUGCUGCAGCCCCCCACCACCGUGUGAACUGCACAGGCAGCGUUGUCGGCGUUGGAACAGGAAGCCAAAGAAAACGUGUAUGCGGUCCUUGACCCGCAUAUACAAUACGAGUUAACUAUAAAUAAGCACGGGGAACCGCCUAAGUACUUAUCGCUAUCUAAGCCUCUAAC